AGGAGGCUGCCGCAUGCUGGUUGUCAGAAUGAUGUCCCUUCGCACCGCCGUGCGGAGAGCUUCCUCCAGCAAACCUCUCCGUUCGCUCUCCUCAACACACAUCGUCGCUGCCGGCGCUGCUCGUCGGGUGCCCGGUCUUCAGCAGCGUCGGCUGUAUUCGCGAUCUGCCGACUCUCAGCUCACGGCGACCCGGUCGACCGUCGUUCAGCUGCUGAGCAACAUCGGCUCCAAGCGUGAGGUCCAGCAGUACCUCUCCCACUUCACCUCCGUCUCCUCCCAGCAGUUCGCCGUGAUCAAGGUUGGCGGCGCGAUUAUUACAGAACACCUGCAGACGCUGUCGUCGGCACUCGCCUUCCUGAACCAUGUUGGCUUGUAUCCGAUCGUCGUGCACGGCGCGGGCCCCCAGCUGAACCGCAUGCUGGAGGCGGCCGGGGUUGAGCCGCAGUUCGAGGACGGCAUCCGCGUGACGGACGGCAAGACGCUGUCGCUGGCUCGCAAGCUGUUCCUCGAGGAGAACCUGAAGCUGGUGGAGGAGCUGGAGCGCAUGGGCGUGCGCGCCCGCCCGCUCACCUCGGGCGUCUUCACCGCCGACUACCUCGACAAGGACAAGUACAACCUGGUGGGCAAGAUCAACGGUGUCGACAAGACCCCGAUCGAGUCCGCCAUCCAGGCCGGCUGCCUGCCCAUCCUCACCUCCAUGGCCGAGACCACCGACGGCCAGGUGCUCAACGUCAACGCCGACGUCGCUGCGGGUGAGCUCGCGCGCGCCCUGCAGCCCCUCAAGAUCGUCUACCUGGCCGAGAAGGGCGGUCUGUUCAACGGCGACACGGGAGAGAAGAUCUCGGUCAUCAACCUCGACGAGGAGUACGACCACUUGAUGACCCAGUGGUGGGUCCGCCAUGGCACCCGCCUCAAGAUCAAGGAGAUGAAGGAGCUGCUCAGCGACCUGCCCCGUACGUCGAGCGUCGCCAUCAUCCACCCGGCCGACCUGCAGAAGGAACUCUUCACCGACUCCGGCGCCGGGACCCUGAUCCGCCGCGGCAACAAGGUCCACACCAGCACCUCGCUCGACGACUUUGCCAGCAUCGACCAGCUGAAGGAGGUCCUGAUCCGCGACCGCGAGGGUCUCGACGCCCGCGCCACCGUCGACCGCUACGUGGAGGGCCUCAGGGAGCGGGACUUCAAGGUCUACUACGACGAACCCAUGGAGGCCCUGGCGGUCGUCCUGCCCCCGUCCCAAGACUCCGCCUUCGCCCACCUCGCCACCUUCACCAUCACCAAGGCCGGUUGGCUGACCAACGUCGCCGACAACGUCUUCGCUAGCAUCAAGAAGGACUUCCCCAAGCUCGUCUGGACCGUCAAGGAGGACGACGAGAACCUCACCUGGUUCUUCGACAAGGCCGACGGCAGCCUUAGCCGUGAGGGCGAGGUCCUCUUCUGGUAUGGCGUCGAGAGCGGUGAGGAGGUCAAGGAGCUCAUCAACGAGUUCAACCAGCACGGUCGCCAAAUGUUCGGCGACAUCAACCUGGAGUCCCGUCUCGCCCGCGCCGCCCAGGCCGCCCUCAACAUCGGCAAGGGCACCGGUGCCAGUGCUGCUUCGCUCGAACAGAGACGGGCCUUUUCCACCACCACCACCACCACCACCACCACCAACGCCCUCCGCUCCGCUCGCUCGGUCCGUCCCUCGAUCCCUGCGGCCGCCGCCCGUCGCGCGUACUCGACCAACCCCAACCCCCCGCUCGGAGACAAGAACAUUUCCAACAGCCAACCCUCCAAGGUGGCUCUCAUUGGUGCCCGCGGCUAUACGGGCCAGGCGCUGAUUAACCUGCUCAACGCCCACCCGAAUAUGGACCUGCGGCACGUGUCGUCGCGCGAGCUGGCGGGCAAACAGCUGCAAGGAUACGACAAGCGCGAGAUCAUCUACGAGAACCUGAGCCCCGAUGACGUGCGCAAGAUGUCGGCCAACGGUGACGUCGACUGCUGGGUCAUGGCGCUGCCCAAUGGGGUCUGCAAACCCUUUGUCGAUGCCGUCGACCAGGGCGCCGCCACGGGCAACGUUAUCGUGGACCUGAGCGCCGACUACCGCUUCAACGACCAGUGGACCUACGGUCUGCCGGAGCUGGUCAACCGCUCCACCAUCGCCAAAGCGUCGCGCAUCGCCAACCCGGGCUGCUACGCCACCGCCGCCCAGCUGGGUAUCUCCCCGCUGGUUCCCUUCCUUGGCGGCCAGCCCACCGUCUUCGGUGUCUCGGGCUACUCGGGUGCCGGCACCAAGCCCAGCCCCAAGAAUGAUGUCCAGAACCUGACCAACAACCUCAUCGCUUACAGCCUGACGGAUCACAUCCACGAGCGUGAAAUCAGCUCGCAGCUUGGUGCUGAAAUCGCUUUCAUUCCCCAUGUAGCUGUUUGGUUCCAGGGCAUUCAUCAUACGAUUAGCAUUCCCCUGAACAAGGAGAUGAGCUCGCGCGACAUCCGAAACCUCUUCCAAGAGCGGUAUGCGGGCGAGAAGCUGGUCAAGAUCGUCGGGGAGCCGCCGAUGGUCAAGAACAUCGCCGGCCGCCAUGGAGUCGAAAUUGGUGGCUUCGCCGUCCACUCGAGCGGCAAGCGCGUCGUCAUUUGCGUCACUAUCGACAACCUCCUCAAGGGGGCGGCCACGCAAUGUCUCCAGAACAUGAACCUUGCUCUCGGAUACGGCGAGUACGAGGGCAUUCCGUUGGAGUAAAUCUAGACAGAAAGAAGACGCAAAAAAAAAAAAAGCCCAGACUCCUCGGAGUCCCCCACCGAUACCGACAUGUAGCUUUUUGAUCUUUGAAUUUUUUUUUUCUUCUCCCCUGGUCGUGUCAUGUAUGUCUCAUACCCCACGUGCAUCUCGGCUGCUAUGGGUCUGGAGAUGCUGUGGCUGUCAACUAUCUACCUUACAUAGGAAUCUUUUCUAUCUCUCUCUAUCCUCUUAUCUCUUUUUCUUUUCCUUCCAUCUGAUUUAGGUUGGGUAUUUCGUGGUCAUUUGCCAUAGAUUCCAUUCUGGUGGUCAGCUUAUAAAAGCAGAUAGCAUCUAGUUUGAUUUUGUUCAUUCAGAGCUCUUGUAUAGCAUCACUUAUUUUAAUAUACCAUAUCACCUCUUUU